GCUACGUGGGCCUCAGUCUGAGUCGCCUCUGGGAUUGCGAGGCAGACCCCUCCCAUGUGUGACUAGCAGGAGAUGGGCUGCGGGUGCAGGAGCUUGGGGAGAGUCGCAGGGGCUGGAGGUUCAAGAUGAGGGUCUAGAGGUUUAGGAAGGUUAAUCACGCUGCUAGGCAGCCCCUUCUGCCCCGCUGCAGGAGACUCAUGGAAGUGCCUGGGGGUUGGGGAAACCGGUGAUGGAUUUAGGUGAUGGGUUUAGGGUAGUAGACGAUCCUGAUCCUGAUCCUCUGGGGGAGUAAACUAACCCUGGGAUGGGUUGGGGGGUGGAGGGAUUGUCAGAAGUGGGAAGCUAGAUCAGGGGUUUACAUUUACCAUGGCAACAAGGUAAGUCUUGGCGUAGGUUGGGGCUGGAAGGAAUAGGGGCAGAAUCAGGAAAACGUUGAGGGACUUGAGAGCUCUAGUUUAUUUAUCACAACAAACAGCAAGGUAGCUGUGAGCCCUUCCCGGCUCCUUCUCAUCCCUCUAUUCCCAGCCCCACUGAGGAUUCCUGGGCUGUGGGAAUAUAUGGCAUGUGGUGUUUGAUGGUCAAGAGGUUGGAUUAGGGUCUACACUGGAGCCCCCACAACAGCAUGGGGACCAGGAAGACUCAGGAUACUGGGAGAAGAAGAACCGAAAAGAAUGGCAGUUGUGGGGAGCGAGGAAGAGGGAAGAGUGGGGUUAGUGAGAGAAGCUGGGACAUCCUGGGGAAGUUGGGUUCCGACUUUAUCUUCCCUUUCCGAAUUGUGGCCUUUAGGAUGUGAGAAGGAGAAUGGGAUGUAGGGUUAGGGAGGGGAGCAGGGGGGAAGGGAGGAAAAUUUAGGUCCAGGAGUUUUAGGGUGAUGGUUUAUAUGAGAUUCCUUUCCCACCCGUCUCCCCUACAGGAAUAAUUGGGGGCAUGGGGAAGAAUGUGACACAGGGGGAAAAGGAAAUUUGGGACCUCCUCAGAUUUAUCUUCUCUGACAUGUGGCCCCAUGGGCUUAAGGGACUGGGCUAGGGUGACACAGAGUACAGAAGGUGAGGAUCUGGUGAUCCUAUACCUGGGGUGGAUUUAGAAUUUAGAUUGUUUAGAACAUCAAUACACACCUAGAGACAGGCAUGUGAGUGGGGGCAGAAGUGGGGCUGAAGGCAGGUGCUUGGAGAGAAGAGAGCAGGGGAGUCAGGAGCUUGGAGAGAGCCUCACGUCCCUUCUGACUGCUGCCAUCUCAGUGGUUCUCAAGCUUCAGUGUGCAUAAGACACCAGAGGAGUUUGUUUAAAAUGGAUUCUAACUCCUUGGUCAGGGAUGAAUCCUGAGUAUCUGCAUGUUUACCAACAGGAAUUCUGUCCUGGUGGAUGCCUGAGCUGUAGCCAACCCCAGGGUGCCUAUGGGAAGAGCAGCAGGGUACAGGAAAAUAAUUAGUGUUAGUGUAGGGGAGGCAGGAAGAGAAAUAAAGGGUCAGGUCCCGUGGAGGGGUCAAGCUUGAGGCAAGACAGAGAAUUGGCUAUGUGGGGUGGGUGUGUGGGGCGAGGACAGGGAGGGAUGGGUGCAGGCUUUAGGAUGGGGAACACAGAGAGGGGAGCCCUGGCUGUGAACUGAGACUCAUCCACCAUGACAGGUGAGUCCCUGAGGUGCUGGGGAGCAGAAGGGGACCUGGGAGGAGGGAGCUGGAGAUGGUAGCAGAGGCAGUAGGGGGUGGGGUGGGGUGGGAAGGCAGAGAACUGGAAUGUGUCAACUGGAACUGUCCUUUCCUGCUUGCAAAUCCAGAUCCUUGUUAGAGCAAAGGAGAGGGAGGAGAGCAGGGGAAGUUCACUGGGGAGGGGUGAGAAUCCGCAGUGGGGAAUAGGGUGUGGAAGGGGUAGGGUUGUAGGAAAAGGUAGAGAAGAAACGAGGAAAUGAGAAUGGACAUUGGGGGCAUGCAUUGCCCUGUUUAUAUGUGUCUUGUGUGUUCUGGCAUGUCCUCAUUGUUCCCAUUAACCUUUUCUUUAGGUGAGCAGUGGAGGGGCAUGGAGGGGCCUUGGGAGAAGCUGGGGCAGGAUCUGGAGUUCUAGAUGCCGGGAGAGCACGGGAAGUGUGACCCAGGCCAAGCCACCAAGUACCUGUAUGAGCUGCUCUACAACGACCCGAUCAAGAUCAUCCUUAUGCCUGGCUGCAGCUCUGUGUCCACGCUGGUGGCCGAGGCUGCCAGGAUGUGGAACCUCAUUGUGCUUUCCUACGGCUCGAGCUCACCAGCCCUGUCGAACCGGCAGCGUUUCCCCACAUUCUUCCGAACGCAUCCAUCGGCCACACUGCACAACCCCACCCGUGUGAAGCUCUUUGAGAAGUGGGGCUGGAAGAAGAUUGCCACCAUCCAGCAGACCACGGAGGUCUUCACUUCGACUCUGGACGACCUGGAGGAACGAGUGAAGGAGGCUGGGAUCGAGAUUACUUUCCGCCAGAGUUUCUUCUCAGAUCCAGCUGUGCCCGUCAAAAACCUUAAGCGCCAGGAUGCCCGAAUCAUCGUGGGACUUUUCUAUGAGACUGAAGCCCGGAAAGUGUUUUGUGAGGUGUACAAGGAGCGUCUCUUCGGGAAGAAGUAUGUCUGGUUCCUCAUCGGGUGGUACGCUGACAACUGGUUCAAGACCUAUGACCCGUCUAUCAACUGCACAGUGGACGAGAUGACCCAGGCGGUGGAGGGGCACAUCACCACCGAGAUUGUCAUGCUGAACCCUGCCAAUACCCGCAGCAUCUCCAACAUGACCUCCCAGGAAUUUGUGGAGAAACUAACCAAGCGCCUGAAAAGACACCCUGAGGAGACAGGAGGCUUCCAGGAGGCACCGCUGGCCUACGAUGCCAUCUGGGCGUUGGCGCUGGCCCUGAACAAGACAUCUGGAGCGGGUGGCCGGGCCGGAGUGCGCCUGGAGGACUUCAACUACAACAACCAGACCAUCACUGACCAGAUCUACCGGGCAAUGAACUCCUCGUCCUUUGAGGGUGUCUCUGGCCACGUGGUGUUUGAUGCCAGCGGCUCUCGGAUGGCGUGGACGCUCAUCGAGCAGCUGCAGGGUGGCAGCUACAAGAAGAUAGGCUACUAUGACAGCACCAAGGAUGACCUCUCCUGGUCUAGAACCGAUAAGUGGAUUGGAGGGUCCCCCCCGGCUGACCAGACCCUGGUCAUCAAGACAUUCCGCUUCCUGUCACAGAAACUCUUUAUCUCCGUCUCGGUUCUCUCCAGCCUGGGCAUCGUCCUAGCUGUUGUCUGUCUGUCCUUUAACAUCUACAACUCACAUGUGCGUUAUAUCCAGAACUCACAGCCCAACCUGAACAACCUGACGGCCGUGGGCUGCUCGCUGGCGCUGGCUGCUGUCUUCCCCCUGGGCCUGGAUGGCUACCACAUCGGCAGGAACCAGUUCCCCUUCGUCUGCCAGGCCCGCCUCUGGCUCCUGGGCCUGGGCUUUAGUCUGGGCUACGGCUCCAUGUUCACCAAGAUCUGGUGGGUCCACACGGUCUUCACAAAGAAGGAGGAAAAGAAGGAGUGGAGGAAGACCCUGGAGCCCUGGAAGCUGUAUGCCACGGUGGGCCUGCUGGUGGGCAUGGAUGUCCUCACACUCGCCAUCUGGCAGAUCGUGGAUCCUUUGCACCGGACCAUUGAGACGUUUGCCAAGGAGGAACCAAAGGAAGACAUUGACGUCUCUAUCCUGCCCCAGCUGGAGCACUGCAGCUCCAAGAAGAUGAACACGUGGCUCGGCAUUUUCUACGGUUACAAGGGGCUGCUGCUGCUGCUGGGAAUCUUUCUUGCUUACGAGACCAAGAGUGUGUCCACUGAGAAGAUCAACGACCACCGAGCUGUGGGCAUGGCCAUCUACAACGUGGCGGUCCUGUGCCUCAUCACUGCCCCUGUCACCAUGAUUCUGUCCAGCCAGCAGGACGCAGCCUUCGCCUUUGCCUCUCUUGCCAUCGUUUUCUCCUCCUACAUUACUCUGGUUGUGCUCUUUGUGCCCAAGAUGCGCAGGCUGAUCACCCGAGGGGAGUGGCAGUCCGAGGCGCAGGACACCAUGAAGACAGGGUCGUCCACCAACAACAACGAGGAGGAGAAGUCCCGGCUGCUGGAGAAGGAGAACCGUGAACUGGAGAAGAUCAUUGCUGAGAAAGAGGAGCGCGUCUCGGAACUGCGCCAUCAGCUCCAGUCUCGGCAGCAGCUGCGCUCCCGGCGCCACCCCCCGACGCCCCCAGACCCCUCUGGCGGCUUGCCCAGGGGGCCCCCUGAGCCCCCCGACCGGCUUAGCUGUGAUGGGAGCCGAGUCCACUUGCUUUACAAUGAGACGAGGACAACAACAGUGACGACAGCAGCAGCGCAUUUCUCCAUGGGGCGGAUGCAAGGACCAGACUGACCACGCAUUCCGGCACCUGGUGGUGCUCGGCCCGUGGCAGAGGUCGGGUGGAUGUUGGCCUGGUCACUGCUGUUUAAUGGGUUCUGUGACAGUUGUGGGCGGUGCCAGGAGCCUGGAGCAAGCGGCUGAGCAGGUGUGAGGGGGACUCUCCUUCCCAGGAAGUAAGAACAACAGAAUGGAUCCUGCUAGAAGGCAGUAGAAGAGAUGGCCCCGGAGUGCUUCCAAUCUUUAAAAUCUUUGUGCAAGGAACUCUGAGCAUCUUGGAAAGAAUUUGCUAUUAAAAUGGAAGAAAGUUUUGAAUGGCCAAGGGCAAAACAAACUUGCCUAGGACUUUUAUGAUUCUUCAUGUUGUCUUAAAGAAGUGCUUUGUUAAAGCUCAAUUUUUUCACUUUGGCACUGAUUUUUCAAGUGAUUCUCACACUUUUGCACAAGAGCUGCAAGUGUUUGGCGGGUCCUGUUAUCCAUUGUCCUGUUUCAGAGCCAAUUUCUGAACUUCCACUAGAGCAUGGGUAGGUUAGACCGUAGACCCUUGGAAAACAUUCCGCUGUGACUCUCUGCCUUGGACCAAUUGGGUUUAAUCUGAGUUUCCCUUCUUCCCCUGGUGGAAUAUUCUGAAGGAGAGGGGAAGAAGCCGAUGCAGUGGAUAAGCCUUCAACGUGGAAAAUGGACAGUUGGCUCCAGAAACAGCAGCUGGAGCUUCGUAGCAGCCCCCAGUAGAGCCUAAAAGACCCAAAUUACCACCUCAGACUUUUAUUGCGCUUAGGUGGGAUGUGCGCUAUAAACAAAGGCUCAGAAGUUCCCCUGUGGCCCAGGGCGAGCCGGGCACUUUGCUAGCAGGAGUGCAAGAGCUACACCACGUGGUGGGGCUCGCAGAGGCGCCUGGUGCAAAGGGUGCCCAGGGAAUGUGGGGCCAGGCCGGGAGGCCACCGCUCAGCGGUUCUGGGACGUCUUGCUCCCUCCACACCCACAGGCAGGCUUUGCAUUUCCAUCCCUGCCUCAGUCAGGGUGGGAUUCGCCCUCACGCUUGGCUUUGGAACAUCAGGCCUCAGUGCCAGGCGCUCACUAAUAGAAAACAUUUUGUACACACUUGGUGGCUGUGUUAGUUUUGUUAUCUUUUUAAUCCACGUGUUGAUUGGCCACAUUGAUGAGGCAGGUGUUUUUGAUGGCUUUCAUGGGUUGUGCCUUCUCGAGAUGGGAAGGGGACCAAUAAGCAGCUGAACGAAUAAAUAGACGAGAUAUCUUAAGAGAGCAACCAGGAGUGCGGGGCGCUCACAGUCACUAGCUCCGGCGCCCAGGACGGCCCUAAAGGGGAGGGGUUGUGUGCUCAUUGUCUGGCACUAAGGAGCAGAGCGACAUUCAAACUGUGUGUAUUAUCUAUUGCCGCGUAACCUGUUACCCUAAAUGACUUAAAACAACAAUUAUC